UUCUCGUGGGCCAACUUCCAUAUUGUGUUUCAAUCGAUGGUAGCAAUCCAAUUCUUGUGGAUUCAUCCAGCCCACUUUACCUGACGGACUAACGGGCCCAAAAUUUCUAGAUAGAAACGGACCAAUACGCACCCGUCUCGGAGUCGGAGUCCGCGCCCUGCUCACGCCACCGCCACCGCAAUUGGACUCCGAGUCGGAGCCCGACUCCGAGUGCGGAAAGGAGGAUCGCCUCGAUAAAUGGGCCGGGCCCGAUGCCCGCGAGCCAUCCAUCUCCCGCUCCGCGCGCGCGUUGCGAAUCUCCGCCAUCUCUUCUAGACUUCUCUCCCCGUCUCGCGCCGCUCUGAGACCUAGCAUGGCUGUGCCACUGCCCGAGCCCGCUGCCGCCAUGGCCGACGUGAACUGCCGCUGCAGCCGCGUCGUCUACGUCGGCAACAUCGCCUUCCACGCCACCGAGGCCGAGCUCCGCGACGCCUGCGAGCUCAUCGGCCCCGUCCGCUCCCUCCGCCUCGCCGCCCUCGACCCGGCCACCAACAAGCGCAAGGGCUACGCCUUCGUCGAGUACGCCGACGACGAGACGGCCCGCAGCGCCCUCCGCAACCUCCACGGCCACCUCCUCCGCGGCCGCGAGCUCCGCGUCGGCCUCGCCGCCCGCCCAAGCAUCAGGCGCCGCGGUGGCGGCGGCGGCGGCGAGCGCGAGCCCGUCGGCAUGGAGGACGCCGUCCACGCCGCGUCGCUCGUGGUGUCGGGGCGGCCACUCGCGUCCGUGACGAGGUACCUGGCGGCGCGGUCGAGGCAGGAGGUGCGGGAGAUGGUGGCCGCGCUGGAGGCCACCGAGCAGCUGAAGAUUCCCGGGCUGGGCACCGCCAUGGAGCAGGCGCAGCGGCUGCUGGAGAUGUUCGCCGCCGACGAGGAGGAGGUGGCCAGGAAGAAGCUGAAGCGCGCGAGCGAUGAAGAGCACGCGAAGCAGAGCAAGGUGGUCGGGGUUGAUGGCGUCGUCAAGGCUUCUUCACGCAUCGUCCCCUGCUUCUGAUCUAUUCUCGCUGUUCAAUGUGUUAUAGUACUAGUUGUCAUCAAUUGUAAACAUCUGAAUUUGUAAACAUCUGAAUUUGUAACUCAGUAACUCAGUAGCUACUUGUAUCACCUAUUGGGAAAUUUGAAUAGAUGAACAUUCUUGAAUCAAUGACCUAUUUAGUUAUUUAUUCUUAGCAAACACCUUUCGCAAAGACCAAUCGGUUCUCGAAACACGAUCCAUAUCAGGAAUAGUGUGAAUUUCCUUUUC